ACAAAAAUUGAAAAAACAAUACUAAUAAAAAACGAAAAGGGGAAAAUCGGAAACGAAGUCUCGCAAAACGCAGCCUACAACGCAAGUUCGCAACCCUAACGCGAAGCUCCUCGUCGCUCCCAAGGCCUCCGCCGUCUCCGUCGCGCCAGAGUCCAGACAUAGCGUCGUGAACAGAAUCAUAAUCAGAAGCACUUAUAUCUCCCAUUGGCAUCACAGCUCUACAGCUCUAUUGGUUAAAGAAACAUACACUUUCUUUUUUUGGUGUAUUUAACUGGACCUUGGUAUCCUGUAAUUUGGUUCAGGUUCAAUGUUCUAUCUCAGUAAAAUCGAACACAAAUUGCCCCUGCCUCCUUCUCGUUUUGUUCUUCCUAUUCGAGAAGCUAUACACAUGGAGCUUGAGAAACUUUUCUUAGAUAAGGUUAUAGCAAACUUGGGCCUCUGCAUUUCUGUCUAUGAUAUCAGAUCCAUUGAUGGUGGGUUUAUCUUCCCUGGUGAUGGGGCUCCAACCUAUACGGUUGUGUUCAAUUUGAUUAUGUUUCGUCCGUUUGAGAAGGAGAUCAUUACUGCAAGGCUUCUUUCAUCUGAUGCUGAUGGCUUACGAUUAACCAUUGGAUUCUUUGAUGAUAUUUAUAUUCCUGCAAGUCGUUUGCCCGACCCAAACCACUUUGUUGAGACUGAACAGAAAAAAAGGGUAUUCUCUGGCCAAGAGUCAACGACUAAUUCCUCGAGCAAGAAAGGUGUAUGGUAUUGGGAUUAUAACGAACAAGAAUAUCCUAUUCAAGAUACUGAUGUGAUCAAAUUCCGAGUUACAAACGUGAGUUAUCCCCAAAUUCCGGUUGAGCAACCAAAAGAAUCAAAGCCAUUUGCCCCUAUGUUGAUCUCUGGAGCGAUGGAUGAUGAUGGUCUAGGUCCUGUUUCUUGGUGGUUUGCAGAUGAGGAUGAGGAUGAGGAUGAGUAAAUGUGAGUCCAAAAAUGGUGAAUUUUUCGUUUAAGUAAUGAUCUCAUUCCCUAGGUUUUGUUCAGUCUAGAAGUAAUUUGUUUGGUCGGAUAGAAGAAAUUAGUAGUUUGCUGAUUUCUAGUUUAACAACUCAUGUUACAACUCAGCAACAGUAUACUUUUGUGCAAUUCCUUUGCUUCGUAAAGUAUUAAAUUUAAUGAAACAUUGUUUGACUUUUUAAUUUCUGCGUCCUGAAUACCUACGGUUCAGGAAGAGAAAACUGUUUAUACAUUUGCUUUUGAGAUCCAUAAUUUAAACAGUCUUUCAUA